AUGGUCAGCCUCCCCAGUCUUGAUUCCGUGGAUGAGAACUCCGUUGUGCAUUGGAGAGGAGGCGGUUUUAGGAUGGGCCUCUCCACAGUCGGAUUGACUACCCCACUGCCGGAUUUCAGCUCUGAGGCUACAAUGAAGUUGGCUAUCGUCGAUGACUGCACGUGUAGGAAGAAAUCUUACUGGACAAGAGCAAUAACCUCCCUAAGAUUGGACUUACCGGGCCAAUAUCAAAGCGAGAUGUCGGCCCUUCAACAAGCAUAUCUAUGCCGCAGGUCUCUACGAGUGCGAUUGCGCCGCCCUACGCAAUUGAAACGCUCCGAUAUUCUAUAUUUUUCUGGCACCUCAUAUUCUUCCGGCGUCGCCCCUGGUUUGCUUCUGGCAUAA